AUGCCUCUGCUGGCUAGAACAACCCUAGCCACCAGGCCACUCCGCCGUUCCUUCAGCACCACGCCCACCCCCCAAGCAGACUUCACCCACGCAAUCAUAGGCGGCGGCGUAGUAGGCCUCGCAAUAGCACAGCGCCUCUCCCUCCAGCCAUCAUCAACCUCCGUCCUCAUAGAGCGGCACCCCGCCCUCGGCACAGAAACAUCCUCCCGCAACAGCGAAGUCAUCCACGCAGGCAUCUACUACGGACGGGACACGCUCAAAACGCGCCUCUGCCUCCGCGGCAAACAGCUCCUCUACGAAUUCUGCUCCAAGCACAACGUCCCGCACAAACGCACGGGGAAAUGGAUCGUCGCGCAAAACGACAUCCAGCGCUCUGAGCUGGAGAAACUGCACCGUCACUGUGCAGAUAUAGGCGUGCCGGUGCGGUGGAUGUCUGAGCGGGAGGUUCAGAACGACGGGGAGGGUGUGCGUGCGGAAACUGGCGCGCUGGAAUCGCCUACCACGGGGAUCGUCGAUGUUCACGGGCUGAUGGUCUCGCUGGCGGGAUUGUUUGAAGAGAAUGGGGGAGUGGUGGCGCUGAAUUCUGACGUGAGGAGGAUUACUGCGCUGGGAGAGUCCGGCAGUCAGGGGUGGGAGAUUGACGUGCGGGAUUCGGGGACGGGCGAAACAUCAAGUAUUACGAGUGAGACGAUCAUCAACGCCGCUGGGCUGGGGUGUGUGGAUGUGCAUAAUAUGAUUGUGCCGGCGGCGUUGCAGAAGAAAUUGUACUACGCAAAGGGGAAUUACUUCUCGUACUCGUCUUCGCAGCCCCGGAUCUCGAGGCUGAUAUAUCCUGCUCCGAAUCCGGGGGCCGGUGGAUUGGGCACGCAUCUGACUCUCGAUAUGGGCGGGAGGAUACGCUUCGGGCCGGAUAUAGAAUGGGUAGACACGCCGGAUAACUUGGCUGUUAGCAGGGAGCGGUUGGAGGAGGCGGUGGACGAGAUUCAGCGGUACUUGCCGGGCGUUGAUGCCUCGUGCUUGGAGCCGGACUAUGCGGGGAUUAGGCCAAAGUUGAGCUAUAAGGGGGCUGGGCAGGUGGGUAAGAACUUUAAUGAUUUUGUGGUCAGGAUGGAGGACGGGUAUGAAGGAUGGGUGAAUUGCUUGGGCAUCGAGAGUCCUGGGCUGACGAGCAGUUUGGCGAUUGGGGAGAGGGUUGGGGAGUUGCUGUAUGGGAAGAAGUGA